ACCAUGCCAAGAUCUUUCCUGGUUAAAAAGGUCAAACUUGACGAUUUCUCCUCGGCGGAUCUCGAGAACUCAUACGGCAGGUCGCGAACAGACUUCAGCUCCCGGAUCCAUGACAAGGGCUACAUCAGCGAGUACAUCUCCCCGUCGUCGGUGUACGAGGGCGAGAGCGACAGCGGGCUCAAGGUCCCUUCGCCGACGGGCGUCAUCUACCCGGGCAGCCACGGCGACUACGGCGCGCCCGACUCUGACCCGCCGGACAGCCCUCACUCGGAGUUGGCCGGCGGCUACAUCAACGGCGACGCGGCGGUGAGCGAGGGCUAUGCCGUCGACGCCUUCUUCAUCACCGACGGCCGCUCGCGCCGCAAGGCGGCGGUGGUGGGCGGCGGCGGGGCGGCAGGCUCCCGGCUGGGCCAGGCUCCGCAGCAGUCCGGCCCGCAGGGCGGCCCUCCUCUUGCUCCGCAGCAGCAGCAGCAGCAACAGCGGCACACGUGCAGCGAGUGCGGCAAGACGUACGCCACGUCGUCCAACCUGAGCCGCCACAAGCAGACGCACCGCAGCCUGGACAGCAAGAUGGCCAAGAAGUGUCCCACGUGCGGGAAGGUGUACGUGUCCAUGCCGGCCAUGGCGAUGCACCUCCUGACGCACGACCUCAAGCACAAGUGCGACGUGUGCGGCAAGGCCUUCAGCCGGCCCUGGCUGCUGCAGGGCCACAUGCGCUCGCACACGGGCGAGAAGCCCUUCGGCUGCGCCCACUGCGGCAAGGCCUUCGCCGACCGCUCCAACCUGCGCGCCCACAUGCAGACUCACUCCGCCUUCAAGCACUUCAAGUGCAAACGCUGCAACAAGACCUUCGCCCUCAAGUCCUACCUGAACAAGCACUACGAGUCCGCCUGCUUCAAGGGCGCCGUCCCGCCCCCGCUCAGCCCCCUCGACGCCUGA